UUGCUUUGUAGUAUGCAGUUUGUGAAUGCUGGGAGCAUGAUUAUAUAAUUUGUGUUUCAUCUUGCUGCAAAUAUUAGAUGAUUUAAUGUUUUCAUCUACUAAAGUUUACGGAAAUACAUGUAUUAAAGUGUAUGGCAAUUCAUCGAGGAUUCAUAAAGGGUAAAGUCCAUUUUACAACCUCGUACUUGUCAUAGUUGUCUGAUUAACAACCUAGAAGUACAAAACCGGAUAAAAAACACCCUAAACUAUACAAAACCGGGCAAAACACACCCCUGGGCAGUUUUUUGGGCGGUUUUGCUGACGUGGCGAUGUGGGGUCUGCAUGUCAGCGCUGACUAGUGUGCCACCCCUAUUCUCUUUCUUCUCUCCUACCCCGUCUCUCUCUACCCUCUCCCCUUCUCGCUCCUUCCAGUGCCGCCGCCGUCCUCUCGCUCCUCCUGCGCCGCCGUCGCCUUCCACUCACUCCACCGCUGCCACCGCAAAUGUCCGCUCCCUGCACGGCGCCAACUUCCUGGUGUCCAGGCACCUGAAGCGCCGCCUGGGCGCGCCCGCCCGCUCGGGGCCCUCGGCGUCGUCCGCGUCGAGCAGCUCCUGCGUGUCCAUGGCCGACACGGCGGAGUCGGCUGCCGCGCUCGCGCCUGCGCCGGCGUGGAAGCGGCGGGCGCGCGCGGAGGCGGUGCUUGAAGGGUGGGCCGCGCGGAUGGGCUUCGCGGCGGGGCCCGCGCGCCGGCGCGCCGCGACGGCCGCGGGCGCGCUCCGAGCGCUGGGCCGGGGCGUGGCCGCUGCCCGCGUCCCGCUCCGCGUCACGAUGGCCGCGGCGCUCUGGGCCGAGAUCACGUCCGCCCCCGCCGCCGUGUUCAAGGGAGGGGAGGCCGCGCUGCUCCGGCGGCUGGAGGCCGCGGCGCACGUGCCGGCGAGGCUGGUGCUCACCGUGGCGUCGUGGAUGGCGCGCGUGGCGAGCCACCGGGCGCCGCCGCCGCUGCCCGCCGAGGUGCUUGAAGGGUGGGCCGCGCGGAUGGGCUUCGCGGCGGGGCCCGCAGGCGCGCUCCGGGCGCUGGGCCGGGGCGUGGCCGCUGCCCGCGUCCCGCUCCGCGUCGUGAUGGCCGCGGCGCUCUAGGCCGAGAUCACGUCCGCCCCCGCCGCCGCGUGCAAGGGAGGGGAGGCCGCGGCGCACGUGCCAGCGAGGCUAGUGCUCACCGUGGCGUCGUGGAUGGCGCGCGCGGUGAGCCACCGGGCGCCGCCGCCGCCGUUCGCCGAGGCCGACGACGAGGAGGGCUGGGCCGAGUGCUCCUGACCAACCGCGCGCCGGUGAAGGAGCGAGAAGGGGAGAGGGUAGAGAGAGACAGGGUAGGAGAGAAGAAAGAGAAGAGGGGUGGCCCACUAGUCAGCGCUGACAUGCGGACCCCACACCGCCCCGUCAGCAAAACCGCCCAAAAAACUGCCCAGGGGUGUGUUUUGCCCGGUUUUGUAUAGUUCAGGGUGUUUUUUAUCCGGUUUUGUACUUCUAGGUUGUUAAUCAGACAACUAUGGCAAGUACGAGGUUGUAAAAUGGACUUUACCCAUUCAUAAACUGACCUGCCAUGUUUGACUGGCUCUGCAGGUUAUGGCUACUCGGUUCUAAGUUUGUUGCCUUUCUGGUUUUGGUUUACAUAGCUAAUGGUUCGUUAGUUGGUUGCCUACAUAAUUUGCGUUGUUUAAUAUGCCCGGGUGGAGUUCAAGGCACCAGUGGUCAUGGUUGGGUGCAAGGUGAACCUGCUAGACAGGCAGGAGUUUAACCUUGAACAUAUCGUGGUACCCAUCAGGCAGAGAUUGAAACCUGAAUUGGCUGGAUAAUUAUAGCCUCAAAUACUUACUAUUGAUGAUAUCAGAACCUGAGCUCGAUAUUCUGUUUUACCCAAUAGCUAGGCAUUUUACAAAAAGGCUCUCUUUCUAAAUUGGUGACAGUUAGGUGGUUUCAACAAGUACUAAAUCAAUUCGUUAUCUAAAAGAUGAUCUCUCCACUGCUACUUCAACUUGGGGCUGCAGAAGUAAGCUAUUCUUCCAUCUUUAUUCUGCACUUUAUUGUAUUACCCGUAUUUAGAGCUUUUAUAUGCCUUGUAUUGAGUGAGCCUGAGAUCGUAACCAUUUUCCAGCUUAGAAAUUGUUCAAAUUAUGUAUACAUGGUAUGCUUCUCUGUACUUUAACCUAAAAUAGGCCAUAGAGAUCAGCCAUGACCUGUAUGGUAGAGCUCUUGGAUUUGUGUAUAGGAAAAAAAUGUUCUUGCAGUGUCUUUUAUCUUUCGAUUUUAAAGCUUUAACUCAUGCAGUAUCUGAAUUGGUAGUAUCAUAGCCACCUUUAUGAAUUAGAGAAGGAGAAUUUGCCCUUGCAGCUUGCCCUUUGAUUUGAUGCAGUAACUGUACCGUGAAAUUUAUUGUUUUGUCCUUGCAUUGGAAGAAUAUAGUAAUGAUAUUUGUCUUUUAUUUUAUUUGGAUUUCUAGGAUUUUAGUAGUACAUAUUUUGCAACAAUAGCUUCUUUUGUUCUUUGCAGACCAUAGAUGUUUCACAAUGAUCUAUCAGUGAAAAGAUUUGUGGCCUUCGGUAUUGCUAAUUAAGGACGGUAUGUCUGAGAAACAAGUAAAAAUAACAAGGCUCAGAAGCAUGAUUAUCCUUUAUUUAGCUUAUUUCUCUGCUAAAAAUGUUCACUUGCAUUUACUAAGUUCUUGGCGAUCAGCAAUAACCAUGAAGAAAAACCAGACCACCUUAUUGACAAGCUGAUCAGCAGCCACAGUUAAGUACAGUACGGGCAGAAACACAUUUGAUCUUAAAUCGCUGAUGGAAACCAUUUCUACUCCAAAUCAAUUGGACACUACGCAUUGGUGAUGGAAGCCUCUAGCAAACAUCAUUGCCCAGCACCAGUUGCUUCGCUGUUCUGUGGUGGCUUGAAGGAUGUUUGCCGGUUAUCUCUGCCCGAGGGCCCUGCACUAACAUUGCUAAUCAUGCCGCGAUGUCAACUCCACCUAACACAAGAUGUUGCUCAUCUAGGGCUGCAUCGGCCACAAUGCCUGAGAAGCACCUCUAGGAUAUGAUUGCAUCAGCCACAAGUGUUGACACAAAAUCGCCUAAUUGAGGACACUGACCAUGAGGGGCUCACGGCUGAGGUAUUUGGUUGGAGCAGACCAAUAUCGUCUUGGAACAAAUGGCCUGUCUAGCAUUGUACCCAAAUCAUAAAAUCUGGAAAGUAUUUUUUUCUUCUGAAACAAUUUUUUUAUUCCCGAACAAUUUUUUGUAUUGCUGGAACAAUUAAAAAAUUAUUUCGAAACAAUUUUUUUUGUUCUAGAACAAAUUUGACUGAAUGUGUGGGCUGGUUUGUUGGGCCAGUUUAGGCCCAAAUCAUAAAAUCUGGAAACUAAUAAAUAUACUAAAUUUUUAGUA